AUGGUUGACUUCACAUUUGACCUUGAAAUUCAUGUUGAGGGAUGUUUUGUGGAGGAGCCAACCAUACAAUAUGUGGGUGGGUCUGUACGUUUACUGACAGAGAUUGACCCUGACAAGUUGAGUUACUUUGAAAUUCGGGAUUUAUGCCAUCUAGUUGGUGCUCCUAAGGAACACAGUAGAUAUAAGUAUUUAAUUCCUGAUGGUGAUCUACAACAUGAUUUAAGAGACAUAGAAACAGAUACAGAUGUCGUAAACAUGACUAACCUUCAUAAGGCAUGGUAUGUUGAAAAAAUCAUAAUCUAUACUGACAUAGAUGUGGAGCCAUUGGCAGUUGAGUAUCCUGAUGCAAGGGGAGUGGCAGAUGGUGGUGUAGGUGGUGAUGGAGGGAGAGUGGCAGAUGGUGUAGGUGGUCAUGCAGGUGGUGAUAAUGUUGAAGGAGAUGAUGAUGAUGAUUGGCUAAAUGAAGGCCUAGAGGGGGAUGGCUUUGGUGAUGAUGUAUUUGCUGCUCAAAACUCAGCUCCACAAGGUUCUGCUCCCAAUACAAAUCCAAAAUCAAGCAAUGCACCCCACACAGCCCCAGAAUCAAGCAAUGCACCCCACACAGACCUUGAAUGGGCUGAGCCAGCCCUUGAGGAUGACCUGAAGGAGAUGAAGUUCCUUAAUGCAAAGGUGUUCAGAGCUGCUUUGAGGGAGUAUGCAAUUAAAAAACCUAUUGACAUCAAAUUCAAGCUUAAUGAGAAGACCAAGAUAUCAGUUCAUUGCAAGAAUGGGUGUGGGUGGAGAUGUUAUGCAUCUCAAAUAAGUGGAGAGCUAACAUUUCAAAUUAAGACCUUGACUGAUGACUGUACUUGUCCCAAGUCUUUCAAAAACAGCCAAGCAACAUCAGCUUAUGUUGCUAAGAGGUUCAUUGAGGAUUUUAGCAAAAAUCCAAAUUGGGAGGUGAAUGGUGUACACAACCAUGUGAUGCAAAAUUUAUCUGUUGACCUAAGUGUAAACCAAGUGUAUAGGUCAAAGAGAAAGGCAAAGGAUUUGAUAAAUGGAGAUGAGCAACUGCAAUAUGGUGUCCUUAGGGACUAUGCACAAAUGAUAACCACUGUAGACAAGGGGAGUAGGGUUAUACUGCAGACAGAAAUGGCUAAGGAGACUUCCCAACCAAAAUUUAAGAAGAUGUAUGUUAGGUUCAAUGCUCAGAAGGUAGGAUUUUUAGGUGGAUGCAGGCCAUUUAUAGGUUUAGAUGGUUGUCACAUAAAGCACAGAUUUGGUGGGCAAAUCUUAUCUGCCACUGCCAAGGAUGCAAAUGACAACAUUUUUCCAGUAGCCAUGACUGUUGUGGAACAAAAAACCAGGGAGUCUUGGAUAUGGUUUUUGGAAAUUUUUGCUGAUGAUAUAGGGAGGCCAGAGGAGCUUCAGUUGGUCUUCAUUUCUGAUAAGCAAAAGGGGCUUAUACCUGCAAUAGACACAUUAUUCCCUACCGUGGAGCAUAGAUACUGUGUGAAACACAUCUACAACAAUUUCAAAGUUGAUCACAAGGGAUUGGAGCUGAAGGAUGCAUUGUGGAGGUGUGCUGCUGCCACAACAGUAAGGGAGUUUGAGAGAUGCAUGCAAUACAUAAGGGAUUUGGAUGAAAAGGCAUAUGAGUAUCUUGCAAACAUUGCACCUGCACAGUGGACAAGGUCACACUUCACUCCUAGGGCCUUAACAGAUUGUUUGGUAAAUAAUUUGAUUGAGUCUUUUAAUGCAAUGAUAUUGAAGUCUAAGGACAAGCCUAUCUUGGCAAUGUUGGAGUGGAUUAGGGUUAGACUUAUGACUAGGCUUUACACAAAAAGGGAAGGGAUACAGAAGUAUGCUGGAAAGUUGUGUCCAAGCAUACAAGAUAGGUUAGAGAAAUUGAAGGUUGAAAGUAAGGCAUUUAGUGCUACCCUAGCUGGUAGUUUCCUUUAUGAGGUAGGCAGUCAAUAUGAGAGGCAUGUAGUUGAUUUGGUGAAGAAGACAUGUAGCUGUAGGUCUUGGGAUUUAAAUGGCAUUCCCUGCAAACAUGCCAUAACAGCCAUUUAUACAAACAUUGAGACACCAGAAGACUAUACCCACCCAUGCUACUUCAAAGAAACUUACAUAGAGAUAUACAAGGGGGUACUUCCUCCCAUGCCUGGCCAGUCAGAAUGGGCUGAGACUGGACAGCCUGCUCCCUUGGCACCUCACAUAUACAAACCAUUAGGCAGACCACCCAAGCAAAGAAAGAGGACUUCUGAUGAGCCUAGGAACCCUUACAAAGCAAGUAGACAGAACAGACCUGUAAGAUGUGGGAAAUGCAAAAAGGAAGGGCAUAACUCAAGAGUGUGCAAGGCUGACAUCACUGGGGAGACACCAUGGCAGAGGAGACAGAGACUUCAAAGAGAAAAAGCUGCAAGGGAAAGGGUGCCUGCACCUCAGCCUGCACCUUAG